AUGGCCGAGAAGCGGAGGGGGUCGCCGUGCAGCAUGCUCAGCCUCAAGGCGCACGCCUUCUCCGUGGAGGCGCUGAUCGGCGCCGAGAAGCAGCAGCAGCUUCAGAAAAAGCGGCGAAAGUUGGGCGCAGAGGAGGCGACCGCCGCCGUGGAAGACGGAGGCUGCAGCCACGGCAGCGGCGCCGACCACAAGGGCUCCUCGGAAGGAGACGCAGGCGCCGCGCAGCCGCCACCGGCCGGGAGUCCGCGGCCACCUUAAAGGCUCCAGGCAGGGCGGCGGGGCGGGGCUUCCCGCGGCUGUGAGGACGGCUUCCUGCAGGGUUCUUCCCCGCUGGAGUCCCCUGGAGGCUCACCAAAGGGCUCUCCGGCCCCGGCCCUCGCCCGAACUGGGACCCCGCUGCCCUCACCACAGGCCCCGCGGGUGGAUCUUCAGGGAGCAGAGCUUUGGAAACGCUUUCAUGAGAUCGGCACGGAGAUGAUCAUCACCAAGGCGGGCAGACGCAUGUUUCCAGCAAUGAGAGUCAAGAUCUCAGGAUUAGAUCCUCACCAGCAAUAUUACAUUGCUAUGGAUAUUGUACCAGUUGACAACAAAAGAUACAGGUAUGUUUACCACAGCUCUAAGUGGAUGGUGGCGGGUAACGCUGACUCCCCUGUGCCCCCUCGGGUGUACAUUCACCCAGACUCACCAGCCUCAGGGGAGACUUGGAUGAGACAAGUGAUCAGCUUCGACAAGCUCAAGCUCACCAAUAAUGAACUGGAUGACCAAGGACAUAUUAUUCUUCAUUCCAUGCACAAAUAUCAACCACGUGUCCAUGUUAUCCGUAAAGAUUGUGGAGAUGAUCUUUCCCCCAUCAAGCCAGUUCCAUCUGGGGAGGGAGUGAAGGCAUUCUCCUUUCCAGAAACUGUGUUCACAACUGUCACUGCCUAUCAGAAUCAACAGAUUACUCGCCUGAAGAUAGAUAGGAAUCCAUUUGCCAAAGGCUUCCGAGACUCUGGACGUAAUCGGAUGGGUUUGGAAGCUCUGGUGGAGUCAUACGCAUUCUGGAGGCCUUCUCUGCGGACUCUUACCUUUGAGGAUAUUCCUGGAAUUCCCAAGCAAGGAAAUACAAGUUCUUCCACGUUACUCCAAGGUUCCGGGAAUGGCGUGCCUGCCACCCACCCUCAUCUGUUGUCUGGCUCACCUUGCUCCUCUCCUGCCUUCCAUCUGGGUCCCAACACCAGCCAGCUGUGUAGUCUGGCUCCAGCUGACUACUCCGCCUGUGCACGCUCCGGUCUCACCCUCAACCGCUACAGCACAUCCUUGGCGGAGACCUACAACAGGCUCACCAGCCAGACCAGUGAGACCUUCGCCCCACCCAGGACUCCCUCCUAUGUGGGCGUGAGCAGCAGUGCCUCUGUGAACAUGUCCAUGGGCGCUACUGACGGGGACACCUUCAGCUGCCCACAGACCAGCUUGUCCAUGCAAAUUUCGGGAAUGUCCCCCCAGCUCCAGUACAUCAUGCCUUCACCCUCCAGCAAUGCCUUUGCCACUAAUCAGACCCAUCAGGGCUCCUAUAACACUUUCAGGUUACACAGCCCCUGUGCUCUGUAUGGAUAUAACUUCUCCACAUCCCCCAAACUGGCUGCCAGUCCUGAGAAAAUUGUUUCUUCCCAAGGAAGUUUCUUGGGGUCCUCACCGAGUGGGACUAUGACCGAUCGGCAGAUGUUGCCCCCUGUGGAAGGAGUGCACCUGCUUAGCAGUGGGGGGCAGCAGAGUUUCUUUGACUCUAGGACCCUAGGAAGCUUAACUCUGUCAUCAUCUCAAGUGUCUGCACAUAUGGUCUGAUGAAGCCUUUAAGUUAAACUA